AUGGCUUCCAAGGGCGGGAAAACCGAGCCGACAGGGCCGAAGGAGAUACCGGCUGAGCAGCGAAGCUCCGACGCCUCGAAAGAUCCCCAACCCAAGACGGCUGAAGAGAAGGAGAACCCAAUACUCGCACAGGUGCUGGCAGCGGUAAAGAGGCUCGAGCUUGACCAGGGAAGACUGAGUCUCCUUUUGGACUCAAUGAACGGGCGUAUCGAGAAUAUAUCCUUCAAUAAAGAUAUCGUGAAGAUGAUGACAGAAGACCAAGCGCUGGAUAGAGAAUUCCCACCGGGGUCAAUGCCUACAUCUGCCGUUGGGGAGGAGGGACGUCUGAAGUCUGCUGCAGAGGACGCCACAGGUGUGCCCAGAUCACCCACCGCAGUUAAAUCUCCAAAGCGUGGGGGGACAUCUCGCAUAAUCCUCACCACCUAUCCAGGUCAAUCAGGCAUUGAUCCUAUCAAGAUGGACUGGGGAAACAUGGAUCCAAAGGCUAGAGGGCCUGUUGUUGUGAGCAGACAGUAUGACACUGUUCGGAGACGAAAUGCCAUCGGGGCGCACGGGGGGUCUUACUCCAUCUACCAUGCUCUCGCAGUCGCCAGCAACAAUCUAGAUACCGAACAUCGGCCAGACUUUACCAAUACCGAACCUGCAACGAAAAUUGGACCUUUCCCACAAUGGGGUGAUAAGAAAAAGAUCGUUGCCAUGGACCCGUGGGGCCAUCUUGCACCAUGGCUCUUCGAAGAAUUGAGGACGGACCACCAGCUGGAUAUUCGUCCGACUAUCGCCAUUACCCGAGCGCACAUGAAAUUGCCGGAGCUUGCUGACAGUGUUCGUUCAGGCAGAUUAGUGCCCGAUGGGAAAAUCUGUCUCAAUGAGACCGGAGAGUUGGCUGUUACCAAGGUCGCCGUAGAGCCUGUCUGGUAUCUUCCCGGAGUGGCUGAACGGUUUGGCAUCGAUGAGGGCACUUUGCGCCGUGCACUCUUUGAGGUCACCGGUGGAUCAUUCCCAGAACUUAUUACCCGAGGAGACAUCAAAGUGUUCCUACCGCCAAUUGGAGGCUUAACGGCUUACAUCUUCGGCGAUCCUGCAAAAAUGUCCGACCUGAAUGCCAAGCUUGCUCUGCGCGUCCAUGACGAGUGUAAUGGUAGUGAUGUGUUCGGUUCUGACAUUUGCACCUGCCGUCCGUACCUGAUCUUUGGAGUCGAAGAGGCUGUCAAGGAAGCCCAAAAGGGUGGCAGCGGUGUUGUCAUAUAUUUUCGAAAGGAAGGACGAGCUCUUGGUGAAGUGACCAAAUACCUGGUCUAUAAUGCCCGUGCAAGCGAGUACUUCAAGAGAACCGAGAAUAUCGCCGGUGUUAAGGAUAUGCGCUUCCAAGCUCUCAUGCCAGACAUCUUGCAUUGGCUGGGUAUCACCAAGAUUGAUCGAAUGCUCAGCAUGUCCAACAUGAAACACGAUGCAAUUGUCGAACAAGGCAUUCCGAUCAUUGAACGAGUACCUAUUCCGGACGAAUUGAUACCAGAGGACAGUAGAGUCGAGAUCGAUGCGAAGAUCCAUGCAGGUUACUUCACAAGCGGUAAAGUCAUGAAUUUGGAGGAGCUGUCAAAUGUCCAAGGACGCCAAUGGGAUGACGUUGAUGUGAGUUAUCCAGUCAUAUUAUUUGGGUAUCGAGGUUCUAACACCGGGUUAAUAGCACUGAUCGAACAACCGGGCACUUUCGACGGCCAGAUUCACUACCUCAAAUGA